AUGUAUUCUGCGUUCGUCCGAUCUUUGCCAGGUGCAUCACUUCUUUUCCCUUUUUUUAAAUUUCAACUUUUAGAACCAAACAAGUCCCCACUAAUCUUUAUUGAAAAAUUUGUCAAUACGGAGUCUGCACCGUACAUGUUAGAAGAAAUGACUGCUGUCGAUCUGUUCACUGUCUCCUUAAUGCUGGCUUCAAAAUAUCUGUAUGAUGUCGACUGUGACCACGGGGCUUAUAAUUCCGAUUGGGCAGAUGUAUUUGGUAUAGAUUUGUACGAGUUAAACAAAUUGGAAAUUCAAUUUCUUUCGGCCAUGAACUGGUGCUGUUUCGUCAAUUCUAAAGACCUAGAGUCGGCUGUUUAUCGCGCAACGGGAAUUGGUAAAUCGGUGACUCCAUCACCUUCCCCGAAUGGAUCCGGAUUGAAAAAAUGUGAUAAUAAAGCUGUUCAUAAUUCGAACGAAUUCACGGCGCUAUUCUAUCAUCUUAUCGAUUUACCGUAUAAAAGUUGUUUUAAGAAAACUGAUAUCAGGAUUUUCCUGUUUUCCAUACUUAUACGACCUUGGCCUUUGUGA